AUGGCAGAUGCAGGGUUCCGGCGGCACAAUGGCAGAUGGCAGGGUCGCCGGCGGCACAAUGGCAGGUGGCAGGGUCGCCCGGGCACAAUGGCAGAUGGCAGGGUCUCCGGCGGCACAAUGGCAGAUGGCAGGGUCGCCGGCGGCACAAUGGCAGGUGGCAGGGUCGCCGGCGGCACAAUGGCAGAUGGCAGGGUCGCCGGCGGCACAAUGGCAGGUGGCAGGGUCGCCGGCGGCGUAAUGGCAGGUGGCAGGGUCGCCGGCGGCACAAUGGCAGGUGGCAGGGUCGCCGGCGGCACAAUGUCAGAUGGCAGGGUCGCCGGCGGCGCAAUGGCAGAUCGCAGGGUCGCCGGCGGCGCAAUGGCAGAUCGCAGGGUCGCCGGCGGUACAAUGGCAGAUGGCAGGGUCGCCAGCGGCUCAGUGGCAGAUGGCAAGGUCGCCGGCAGUGUACUUGACAACAGUAAUAAUGAAAAUGUAGAGAAACUAUUGGAUAUUUGUGCGAUAAUGAAUUUAAGACUUUACCUUUACAAGAUAAUGAACUUAAGGAACAGUGGCAGCUCUCAGGUAGACGACCCUGGCAGCUCUCAGGUAGACGACCCUGGCAGCUCUCAGGUAGACGACCCUGGCAGCUCUCAGGUAGACGACCCUGGCAGCUCUCAGGUAGACGACCCUGGCAGCUCUCAGGUAGACGACCCUGGCAGCUCUCAGGUAGACGACCCUGGCAGCUCUCAGGUAGACGACCCCACUCAACCCUAA